UGGAUCUCACACUGUCUUCCUGUGUUUCAGGACGGACAUCCAGACAGACUGCAGUGUGGACUGGAGGUGAGAGGACGCCUCUUCCUGCUCGACCUGGAGAAGAACCAUCACCUUCUGCGCAAACCUCCAAAUGUCUUCUUCUACCUGUCCAACGGUACGGGCGUGUCUCUGAAAGCCGACCCUGUGACUCACUGUUAUUACCACGGCAGCAUCCGAGGGUUCCCUCAGUCCAGGGUGGCUCUGAGCACCUGCUCCGGACUGAGCGGCGUCAUCGUCAUCAACGCCACGCUUAGCUUUGAGCUGCAGCCACAGGAUGACGACCGCCAUUACCAUCUCCUCCACCAGGGGGAGGAGAGCAGAGGGGAUGGGAGUGAAGGAGGAGGAGGAGGAGGAGAUAAUGAAGAAGGAGUCCACCUGCUGUUCUCCGCCAGUCCACUGGAGGGUGGUGACGCUGGACACUGUGGGGUUUAUCACACUGCUGUUCCCCCCAUCCACAGCUACACACACACACACAGGAGAAAGAGGGACAUCCUGUCAGAGACCAAAUACAUUGAGCUGGUGCUGGUGGCUGACCACCAGGAGUUCAUGAAUUACCAGAAGAACAACAAGACCAUCAUCUACCGUAUGAUGGACGUGGCCAACCAGGUGGACUGGUUCUAUCGCCCUCUGAAUGUGCGGGUGGCACUGACUGGUCUGGAGGUCUGGAGCGACCGAGACAAGAUCCGAGUGGAGAAGAGUCCGAAGGACACGCUCAACAACUUCCUGGAGUGGAGAAGCAGAGAGCUGCUUCCCCGCCUUCGCCAUGACAACGCCCAGCUGGUCAUGGGCGGGGCCUUUGACGGCACCACGGUGGGGAUGGCAUCUCAGGCGUCCAUGUGCUCCAGAGACCGGUCAGGUGGAGUCAACGUGGAUCACCUGGUCAGCGUUUUGGGCGUGGCCUCCACUGUUGCUCAUGAGCUUGGUCACAACUUGGGGAUGAGUCAUGACACAGCAGAACGUCGCUGCUCUUGCCAGAACGAACCACGACUCGGAGGAUGCAUCAUGGAGCCAUCAACUGGGUUCAUGCCUGGUCAGCAGUUCAGCAGCUGCAGUUCCUCUGACCUGUCUGUCAGUUUACUUCAUGGAGGAGGAAUGUGUCUGUUCAACGUUCCUGAACCAGAUCUUCUGUUAGGAGGACCUCGCUGUGGAAACCUCUACGUGGAGAGAGGAGAAGAGUGUGACUGCGGCCUGAUGGAGGAGUGUGAUGAUCCCUGUUGUAACGCCUCCACCUGUCAGCUGAUCCCGGGAGCUCAGUGUUCAUCUGACGGCAUCUGCUGCCACAACUGUAAA